AUGAAUACUCAGCAUCCUGAACCUAUUAAUGAUUGCGCAGUUCUCCACAUGGAUUCCCGUAAUGGAAGCGAUAUCAAAAGAAGCAGAUUCGGCCAUGAAAACCAAAAUUUCAGUUUUCGUGAAGGCUAUUUUGCCAAAAAAGCAGAUCCUCAAGAAGUUUUUAUGUACGAUUUCUUUACAAAUAAAUGCUCUGACAUUAUUAAGCCAGAAUUAUUGCCAAAAUGCCUCGGUACCGGAUAUUUUACUGAGGGUAACACAGUUUUAAGAGCGGGUGAUCCAAUUGAAGUCAAAUUCUCACCAAAGAUGACAAGCGAACCUCUGGACGGCCAGCCCGCAAUGAUUUUCCAGGCAGAUAUGACUCAUGGUUAUGAAAAGCCAUGUCUUGUUGAUUUUAAGAUCGGCUUACGAUCAUGGAGAUGUGGUUCCUCCCAGAAGAAAGCAACACGCCGCCAUGAAAAAUUAUAUAGAGAGCCAACUCAAACUCUCUGUUAUCAUGUCCGCGCAGCUAUCUGGCAUGGCACAAAUGAUGAAAGAUACUGGAAGCACGACGACUUAUGCUACGUUGAGCGUAAUUUCGGUUUCUUUUGCACAAAAGAUGAACUCGACAAUUUCAUGAAAGAAUUCUUCAAAUAUCCUCAACAAAUCCCAACAUUCAGAAGAAAAUUAGAAGAUUUAGCCACAGCUUUUCAGAAAUUACAUGACAAUAUGGGCUUAAGGAUUUAUAGUGGAUCUGUUGUCGUCGUCUAUGAUGCAGCUCAUCCAGAAAAGUAUGACCUUAGAUUCCUUGAUUUUGCCAAAGGAUUUAUCCAUAUCGAGGAUAUUGCAGCAGAAACUGGAGAACCUCUUGAACAAUGUGAGGAUUACGUUUGCACUGGUCUUCGCAACUUAUCGAAAGAACUUGGAAAACUUUUAGAACAGUAA